UGUUGAAGUUUAUCCAAGCUUUCACUCCAAUAGACUUUUUUAUUUUAACCUACUUAUUCUGCCUGCUAAAUAAAAACGAUGGUCUGCUAAUUAAAGAUAUUUUGAAGUCUUGACGAGUAUAUUUUGGUUUCUCAUAUGAGGAAAGCAAUGAGAACUCGGUCAAGUUCACCUCCAAUUCAUGUGCACAUCAACGAUGCCACACCGGUACAUGUCCAUGUGAAGAGCCAGGGGACGAGUCCUGCAAGGACGCCUCAGGGAAAGCCCAAAGUCGACAGAGGAAACAUCCGUCCUACAGCCAAGGUCAAAACUCGAGUGCCAUGGAUACCACCGGGAAAGGCCUCCAUACGGGAUGCUUCAUAUAAGUGGGAGGGGCCGACGCACCGCCUUGAGAUCACACCACCGCUCCCCGAACCAGAACCUGAACAUUCCCAGUCUGCGCUGCGAUUGGCUGACCUCACAUCAGAAGAAGAAGAAGGGCUGCACGGACGAAUCAGCCAGUAUGAGAGGAAGAUUGACAGCUUAAUGACUGAAGUCAGCUCUCUGAAGAAUGAGGUGGAGCUGCGGAAGAAGGAGCAGCUGCUGGAGCGUCAGUCGGAGCAGCUGAGUGUCUCCCAGCGGGUGAUCACCGAGCAGGAGGAGGAGUUGGCUGAGGUGACCAAGGAGCUGGAAGAGACCGAGCGGGAGAACACACGAUUACGCCAAUCCAUGGAGAAGAUGCUGGAGGAGACCGACUACAACAGAUUAGACAGGGACAGUAUGCAACAAGACAAAGAUGCUCUGCUCAGAAAACUGAUGGAGGCUGAAGUGGAUGGGACAGCAGCUGCCAAGCAAGUCUCAGCCCUGCGAGAAUCUGUUUCCAAACUGUGCAGUGCUAGUGGCAGUAGGCUGUCUGGCUCUGAGUCUUCAGUCUUGGCCCGUCAGAAGGAUCUGCUGCUACAGAAACUGGAGACAUUUGAAGCUACAAACCGAGCUCUGCGGCACCUCCUCAGAGAGCAGCAUGGAUCCAAGACUGAGCAGAUGGAAUCAGUCCGACUGUCAGAGCAGAAGGAUACAUUACUCAAGAGACUGGUGGAGACAGAAGCAGAAAACACUCGUCUUGUGGUGAAACUUCAAGAGAAAGACAGAGAGGUUAAUCAACUCUCCCAACUUUUAGAUACUGAAAAGGACAAUACCAAGAGCACAGCUGAACUGUCCAAGAGUCUGGAGUCAACAAGAGCUCAUUUACAAGGACAGCUCCGCAGCAAAGAAGCUGAGAAGAACCGGCUUACUGUGCAGAUAAAGAAUCUGGAGCGAGCAGCCAAUCAGCAGAAGGCAGAGAUGGAGCAUCUAAGGGAGCACCUGGCGAGGCUGAAGCAGCAGGCCAGUGCAGACCGAGAGGCUCUGAAACAAGCCACGCGAGCCCAGAAACAGCGAGCUGAGCGCAGCGAGGGCACUGCAGGCCAGCUGAGCGUCCAGCUGCUGGACAUGGAGAAGCAGGUGGCUGAUGCACUUUCAGCAGCUGAGACCUGGCAAAGCCGCUAUGCCCAAGAAGUGAAAGACAAGAGUCAACUGGAGAUCGAACUGUCGCUGUUGAACAGCCAUACAGCAGAGCUGACAGAGCAGCUGCAGAAUACAGAGGAUAAAGGCAGAACGGAGAGACAAGCCCUGCUGGAUCACCUGCAUGGACUGACCACAGAGAUCACUGCUGCCAAACUGGAGAACCAGUCCCUCAAGGCUACAGCAUCUGCAGUGGAGGAGAAGCUCGCCUUGUCUCAGUCAGAGCUCCAGCAGGUCAAAGCUUCCAUCAAGCAGUAUGAAAGUCUGCUGGACAGCUAUAAGAUCCAGGUUGGAAAAACCCGGGCCGAGGCGGAUGAGUACUGUGCUCGGCUGGCUCUGGCGGAACAGGAGGCCCAGGCGGUGCGGGGAGAGCUGGAGCGGGACAUAGAAGAGGUGCGCAGGGAGCUGCUGGGGCGGCUGGCGGAGCUGGAGCCUCUUCCCGAAGCCUUACGACGCGCCGAACUCCAGCUGGAGGAGGCUCAGGACAGGGAGCGCAGCCAGGAGAGACGCAGCAUGGAGCUUAGCACGACCCUGACUGACCUCCGAAUGAAGGUGGAGACCCAGGGCAGCCAAAUGGAGCUUCUAAGACAGAAGAACAAGGUACAGCUGGAGGAGAAAAGACAGCUUCAGCAGCGAGUGGAGGGUUUGGAAAGAAAGCUGGAGGAGGCUGGCAGUCAGAACAGCGACCUGCUGGCCGUCAUUGCCAAACGGGAAGAGACCAUCAAAAGCAAUCAGCUCCGUCUGGAGGAAAAAACAAGGGAAUGUUCCCUGCUGAGCCGGAAGCUGGAGGAGUCUCUGAAUGAUGCUCACCAACAGAUGUCAGAAACCAGAGAACGUGCUGCAACCAAAGAACACUCCACCCAAUCCAAGAUAUUGGACCUAGAGACCCAACUUAGCAGGACUACCUCAGAAAUCAACCAAUUGCGACGCAACAAAGAGGAGGUGGAACGGCGGUAUCAAAGCCGACUGCAGGACGUGAAGGAUCGCCUGGAGCAGUCAGACAGUACCAACCGAAGCCUGCAGAACUACGUCCAGUUCCUCAAAGCCUCCUAUUCCAAUGUGUUUGGAGACUUGGCCCUAAGCAGCUCACUGCGAGCCCCCUCACCCAUCUGACAUCCUGUCUGUCAGACGUGUAAAAGUACUGUGGUUAGAGUGUGUUACUUUAGAUUUGUUAACAAGAGCAGGAGUCUGUAAGGAUGGUCAGUGGCCUGGUUGCUUGUUUCAUGCCGCUUUAAAACUGCUGGGGAAGAGCUGUAGUAUGUAGGCUGGUAGUACUUUUAGAAUGUGGACUUGUUUCUGGAAAGAUUUGUUUAGAACUUAAUUGGUAGACAAUAAAAAAAAUGUAAUUGGAUUAAAACAUAAUUCUAAAAAACAGAUAUUUUGUAAUAUUAAAGCCCUUAAAUUUAGGAUUAAGAAUUGUCUUUGUUGACUCUUAGUGGUAGUAUCAACACUGACAGACAGCAAUAAAUGCACCCCUUUCCACGGCUCUCCCCACUCCAUGGAUUUGACCCAGAGUAGUUUGAAGAUUCUAUAAACACAUGUGAAAUGUAACCAUAGGGUUUUUAACUGAAUGAGACAAGGCAUUUGUUGAAGGUCUCAAGACUAGAUUGAAGGUCACCUCCAACAUCACUUUACCAACUCAUAUUUUACCAGAAGCUUUUAUACACCUAAUGUAUUUCUAUCACCAUGUUAGUUUUGAAUAAUCAUAAAUGAGUUGAGAAAACUACAGAGAGGAGACAAGGGCUUCACAAUUUAUUAAGCAUAAAGAAAAUUAGGACACUUGCAUGUUUAAUAUAUUUUUAUAUUUUUUUUCUUUAUCCAGAUCGGGGGUGUAGAAUGGUGUACGGAUUGCAAAUCUCCCUGAGGUUAAUUUGUGGCUAUAUAAAUAAAAUGUACAUGACUUGAUAUGUUGGAUUGGCUGGGUGUUAGUGAAGCUUAGUGAACGGUGUGCAGCUAGCAUCUCACGUCAAAUUUUAAUACUUAAAUUAUAAUACAUAAAAAUGAAAAGCUUGAUGGUUCACAAAAAGGAAAUAAAAAGGUUGCACUCGGCGUCUGUAAUCUGGAGCCCUUCAUCUGACCAGCUCGCUCUUGCUGCUGCUUUAAACAUUCCUUACCAUACUUUACUAUUGUAAUGUUUAAAACUGUCUAAAAUAUAGCGGUCAGGCACAAAUUCGCUGAAGACAACUAAUGGGGCCUGUAGACUCCAUUGCUAUUGCGAUAAUGAGUUAAGACAGACUGAACAAAAGCUGCAGUGUUUGGUCUGGAAGCAUUUUGUGCUACAGUUUUUCACUAAUUAGUUUUGAUGGCACCUUCUAGCUUUUCAGAUUGAAUGUUGUCUUCAGAAAUGUAUGAUGGUAUGUUGAAGUCAGUCCGUAUUUUGCAUGCCAAAAACAACAAGACUACACGCUAUCUUUUAUUUUCAAGCUAAGCUAGUCAUGACAAAGGGUAUUACCAGGAUUAACAGACUAUACUGUAUUUCUACAGCUAGAUAUUAAAACAAUGGAUUUUAGUUUUUUUACAUAUACAACUGUAGCUAAGCCAUCCAUGGCACAUUACGUGCUUAACUGUACUUGUGCUUUGAGUUUUUAUGGAGCUGAAAACAUUGGUGCUAUCGCUUUCCUUUGGCUGGUGCACGACAAUGCAUGUCGAAAUAGUUAUUUUGGGUUUACAGUUUUACAUACUACAUUAGUAGAAUCAAUAAUUGUUGAUCUUGUUUUUUCAUAAGUGUUUCAUGGAGUGUAUUUAAACAACUGAAUAAUUUAUAUCCACCAUGGAUAACUUAAAAGUGGAAAUAAAACAACAAAAUCUCAGUGAAACUGAAAA